AUGAAGAAGAGAACCCUCUUUUCAAGUAAAAACCGCCACAUAAAGAAUAAAAACUACCUUCGGAAGAAGAACAAAUAUUUCACUGACCAAAAAUUCCUUCGAAAGUUUAAAAAGUUUGCGAAAUCUGAUGAACCAAAGAAGGAGUUAGUUCGCAGUGACCCCAUAAAAGACUUCUUCUUCACGCCCGAGCGGGUCCAUGCGGAUGGACAGCCAGGAAAGAAAACAGUAGAGGGGAAAGAAGAAGGGGACGAGACAGACAUAGAAACCGCCAAUGGAGACCACAGCCAAGAAGACCAAAGGGAGGAUUCUCCAAUAAUCACAGACCGCAACAACAACGGCACACAUCCCCUACGUGGGAACAAAACAAAAGGGAGUGCUACGAAAAAAAAAAACACUCCUGCAUCGCAGGAACGUCCCGAGGGCAGCAGCGAGGAUGAAACUCAAACGGAGCACCAAAGGAACAACCACGGGAAGCAUGGAAAAUCCGUGUAUAGCAAAGAAAUUAAUAUAGUUUCUAUGAAAAGGAAGCAGAGGGAGUUGUACUUGAAGGAGAAAGAAGCUGCAAUUCAGAAAAGUGAACAAGAAAAAAAACAAAAAAAAAUGAUAAGAAUUAAAAAGUUUAAAAAAUUAAAUAGAAAAACAAAGAAGGGUCAGCCAAUCAUGAAAAAUUUGAUAAAUCAUUUGUUAAAAAAGAUAUGA